CAAUUUAGAGCUCCCUCGAAUGAAUCAUCAAUCAAAGACUCAAAAUCGAAAAUCUGAAAGUUGAAAAUCUAAAACCCUAACAAUCAAUCUCUUCUUUCCGUGAAAUCGGUGAUUUGAUUAGGGAAUUAAAAAAAUGCCUCAGAGACAUUCGAAAAACAACAACGAUCUCGCGUUCUUCACGUACGAUGAGAAGCGGAAACUUGGUUAUGGGACGCAGAAGGAGAGGCUGGGUAAGGAUUCCAUCAAACCCUUCGAUGCAUGUUGUCUCUGCCUCAAAUCGUUAAUCGAUCCUAUGAGCUGCCAAAAAGGUCAUCUCUUCUGCAAAGAGUGCAUUCUCCAGUGCUUAUUGUCUCAGAAGAAAGACAUUCAAAGGAGGCUUGUGGCCCAUUCUGCUCAGCAGAAGCAAGAAAAAGAAGAGGAAGAAGAGAAAUUAAUGUUGCAAAAGGCUAAAGAGCUUGAUGCAUUUGAUCAACAAAAUCAUGGUGCUGUGCCACAAUACAGUGAUAGAAAUUAUAGCCGUGAUAAGAAUGGUUUCCAUGGGGCAAACAGUGUGAAGGUCACUUCGUAUGAGGAGGAAGCCCUUAGGACAAUGAAGGCAUUUUGGCUGCCCUCUGCUACACCAGAAGCUUCUGUUAAAGUAGAAGCACCUUCUACCAGUACUCUCUGUCCAGAAGGUAACGAGAAACUGAAGUUAAAGACACUUUUCCCUGUCCAGUUCACUGAAGAUACUAGUGAGCAGAAAAAAUCCAACGCUCUUGAUAGGACCUACAUUUGUCCUAGCUGCAAAACCACUCUCACCAACACAAUGUCACUUGUGGCCCUCAGUUCAUGUGGGCACGUAUUUUGCAAAAAAUGUUCUGACAGGUUUAUGGCUGUCGAUAAGGUUUGUCUCGUUUGCAACAAGGCGUGUAAAGAGAGACAUUUGGUGAAUUUGGAGAAGGGAGGUACAGGUUUUGCUGGUCACGAUGAUCAUCUUGAAGCCAAAGAUUUCAAGCAUUUGGGAAGUGGUUCUGGUUUGGGGCUGGUUAGACCUGCAAUGAAGACUUAAACCCGGAUUGAUGAUGAUACUUAAUUCAGAUGAAGAAAAAUAUGCAUCAAACUUGUCUCCGUGAAGUUAUCUUGUUUAUGUGUUACACUCAUCUUUAUUGUCUAAUGAUGUAUUUUACUACUUGUAUUUAUAUCUGGUUUUCUAAUUUUGGUUAGCUAAACCACACAUUGAUAAUUUGAAAAGGCAGUGGAUACAUUUUCAUUUUCAGCUACAGUAUAGUUUUAAUGUGGAAGGGGAGGGAUUCGUACGCGAGAUA